AAAUUCGAAUCCUGUAGAAAUUAAUUGAAAAACAAAUCCUAGCCGGCUCAAGUUUACUUUGUUAUGAUUUCAUAAUAUCUAAAUUUUAGGAAAUCUUAUUUCUUACUUAUAAUUACCAAAAUGGUGAUUCGAUCGUAUGAAGAUGAACAAAAAUAUUUGGAGAGAAUCUCUGAGAAUUCAUGGAGAAUCAAAAAAGGUUUCCAGCCAAACAUGAAUGUGGAAGGAAUUUUCUAUGUGAAUAAACCGCUUGAAAAGCUAAUGUUUGAGGAACUUCGAAAUUCUUGUCGACCAGGCGCCGUGGGGGGAUUUCUUCCAGGAAUGAAGCAGAUUGCGAAUGUCGCAGCCCUACCUGGGAUCGUGGGGAAGUCGGUCGGGCUUCCAGACGUCCACUCUGGAUAUGGAUUUGCCAUUGGGAACAUGGCAGCCUUCGACUAUGACGAUCCCAAUUCCAUUGUUUCUCCAGGCGGUGUGGGAUUUGAUAUCAAUUGUGGGGUUCGGUUACUCAGGACCAACUUGUUUGCCAAAGAUGUUAUUCCUGUCAAGGAACAAAUAGCUCAAUCCCUGUUUGACCAUAUUCCGGUUGGGGUCGGAUCAAAGGGAAUUAUUCCAAUGACGGCAAAGGACAUGGAAGAAGCGUUGGAAAUGGGAAUGGACUGGUCUCUUAGAGAAGGAUACGUCUGGGCAGAGGACAAAGAACAUUGCGAGGAAUAUGGGAGAAUGCUUCAAGCUGAUCCUAGCAAAGUGUCGAGUCGUGCAAAGAAAAGGGGACUUCCCCAGUUAGGAACCUUGGGGGCAGGCAAUCACUACGCUGAAAUUCAAGUAGUUUCAGAAAUCUACGAUGUCUGGGCUGCAAGAAAGAUGGGGAUUGAGGAAAAGGGACAAGUUUGUGUGAUGAUUCACUCGGGAUCUAGAGGAUUUGGGCAUCAAGUGGCAACUGAUGCAUUGUUAUCAAUGGAGAAAGCAAUGAAACGUGAUAACAUUGAAACGAAUGACAGGCAACUUGCUUGUGCUAGAAUUAGGUCGCAGGAAGGCCAGGACUAUCUAAAGGCAAUGGCAGCUGCUGCAAAUUUUGCUUGGGUUAACCGUUCUUCCAUGACGUUUCUUACCAGACAAGCCUUUUCUAAACAGUUUAACAUGUCUGCUGAUGACUUGGAUAUGCACGUUAUUUAUGAUGUAUCGCACAAUAUUGCAAAAAUCGAGCAGCAUGUUGUGGAUGGGAAAUUAAAGACACUUUUGGUGCAUCGAAAGGGUUCCACCCGAGCCUUCCCUCCACAUCAUCCACUAAUUCCAGUAGAUUACCAACUUACCGGUCAGCCCGUUUUAAUUGGUGGAACAAUGGGUACUUGCUCCUACGUGUUAACUGGAACUGAGCAAGGAAUGCAAGAAACAUUCGGGAGUACUUGCCACGGAGCAGGUCGAGCUUUAUCGCGAGCAAAAUCAAGGCGGAACAUUGAUUUUAAAGAUGUGCUCGCCAAACUGCAAAACCAAGGUAUCAGCAUACGCGUGGCGUCUCCGAAAUUAGUGAUGGAAGAAAGUCCAGAAAGUUAUAAGAAUGUGACUGAUGUCGUUGACACGUGUCACGCUGCUGGAAUCUCCAAAAAAUGUAUUCAGUUAAAACCUAUUGCUGUUAUAAAGGGCUGAAUGUAAUUUGUUCUGUGAUAAGUCUUAUUAUUAAUACUCGCAUAUUAAGUACAGCGACAACAUGUUACUAAUUUAAUAAUAUUUGUUAUUUUUAUAAUUAGUUUUGAAUUCGGAGUACUACCAUUUCCACAAAAACCAAUUUUUAACAAAAAUAGCUCAUUAUAACUUCGUCCUGGCUGUGAAAUUGUAGUCAUACACUAUUUAUUUUAUUGAUUUAAUACUAAUGCUGCAAACUGAUUUAUUUACUUGUUUCAUACAACGAAGUGGAAAACCAUCACAAAGAUAAAUAUUUGGCAUCAACUCAA